ACAGCAAAUGAUACCAGGUUUGACAGUUCAUGCUAUUGAUCAAGCCCGGAAGCAUUCAUCUCAAUUUGGCCCAGGAACUAAUAUAACAAAGGGAGAGCCAUUUAAAAGACAAAAGUUGAGCAAGGAAAAGCUUGAUCAUGCCCUGGAUUUCUUUUUUGAUCCAACAUUUCACCAGGUUACUGCUUUUGGAACAAAAAACAUGACAAUGAGUACAGGGUUAUCUAUUACAAUUCCAAAUGUAGUGAGAACUGCCUACCAUUCGACUUUGGUAGAUACCUAUCUAUCAUACUGUGAAGAGACUGAUUUUGAACCACUGUCCAAAUCAUCAUUGUAUAAAAUACUGAGUGAGUGUCCAGCCUCCAAAAGAACUAACUUGAAAGGUCUUGACAAUAUAGCUACUGAUGGAAAUUCUGCAUUUGAAACCCUACUUGGAAUUAUAGGGGAAAUUGAGAAAAGCAACCUCUAUCAAAGCAACGAACUAAAGGAAUGUAAGGAAAAGUUGCAGUCCAGUAAGCUUUAUAUCAAAUCAGAGUACAAGCUUCAUAUUCAGAAAGAAAACUCCUGUGCAGAUCACCUAUUUUAUGCUUUAAGUGAUGGUACCAACUUAAACCUGUGUCAGAGCUGCACCCAUGAGCAUGAUGUGCUUUGUCAAAGAUGUAAUGAUUUGGAUGAAGCUGUAACCAGUUUGCGAUCCCUGGUUUCUGAAAACAAUGGUAAAUAUUCACCGUAUUUUAUUCACAUUUGUAACACUGUUUCAGAGGUCAGUUUUGCUUAG